CCAGUGCCCGCCCGCGCCGCCAGGGUCUCCAGCACCGCGCCGUCCAGCCCGCCGGAUCCCGCCGUCUGUCAUGGCGGCCCCCAUCCUGAAAGAUGUAGUGGCCUAUGUUGAAGUGUGGUCAUCCAAUGGAACGGAAAAUUAUUCAAAGACAUUUACAACACAGCUUGUGGAUAUGGGAGCAAAGGUUUCAAAAACUUUUAACAAACAAGUAACUCACGUUAUCUUCAAAGAUGGCUACCAGAGCACUUGGGACAAAGCUCAGAAGAGAGGCGUAAAGCUCGUUUCAGUCCUCUGGGUUGAAAAAUGCAGGACAGCUGGAGCACACAUUGAUGAAUCGUUGUUCCCUGCAGCUAAUACGAAUGAACACUUACCAAGCCUAAUUAAAAAAAAACGUAAAUGUAUGCAGCCCAAAGAUUUUAAUUUUAAAACACCAGAAAAUGAUAAGAGAUUUCAGAAGAAAUUUGAGAAAAUGGCUAAAGAGCUACAAAGGCAAAAAACAAGUCUAGAUGAUGAUGUACCUAUUCUCUUAUUUGAAUCUAAUGGUUCAUUAACAUAUAGUCCUACAAUUAAAAUUAAUAGUAGUCACCACAGUGCAAUGGAGAAGAGAUUACAAGAGAUGAAGGAGAAAAGGGAAAAUCUUUCCCCCACCUCUUCCCAAAUGAUUCAACAGUCUCAUGAUAAUCCAAGUAACUCUCUGUGUGAAGCACCUUUGAACAUUUCACAUGAUACUUUGUGUUCAGAUGAAUCCAUUGCUGGUGGCUUACACUCGUCUUUUGAUGAUCUUUGUGGAAACUCAGGAUGUGGAAAUCAGGAAAGGAAGUUGGGAGGAUCCAUUAAUGACACUAAAAGUGAUAUGUGUAUUUCUUCACUUGUAUUGAAAACAAAUAAUACUCAUUUAUCACCAUCUUUCGCUCACCUUGAUAAAUCAAGUCCUCAGAAAUUUCUGAGUAAUCUUUCAAAGGAAGAAAUAAACUUGCAAAGAAAUAUUGUGGGUAAAAUAGUCACCCCUGACCAAAAGCAGGCUGCAGGUAUGUCUCAGGAGACGUUUGAAGAGAAGUAUCGUUUGUCUCCUACGUUGUCUUCAACAAAAGGCCACCUUUUGAUACAUUCAAGACCCAGGAGUUCCUCAGUAAAGAGAAAGAGAGUAUCAUAUGGCUUCCAUUCACCUCCAAAGGAAAAAUGCAAGAGAAAGAGGAGCAUCAGGAGAUCUAUCAUGCCGAGGCUGCAGCUGUGUAGGUCAGAAGGCAGCCUGCAGCGCAUGGCGGGACCUGCACUCGAGGCUCUUAGCUGUGGGGAUUCAUAUGAUGACUAUUUUUCACCUGAUAAUCUUAAGGAAAGGAAUUCAGAGAAUCUUCCUCCCAAAUCUCAGCUGCCGUCAAACCCUGCUCAGUUCAGCUGCAGAAGUCUUUCUAAGAAGGAGAGAACAAGCAUAUUUGAAAUGUCUGAUUUUUCCUGCGUUGGUAAAAAAACCAGAACAGUUGACAUUACCAGUUUCACAGCAAAAACCAUCUCCAGUCCUCAGAAAACUGCAAACGGAGAAGGCCGUGCAACUUUGAGUUGCGUGACUUCUGAGGAAUCCUCUGGCCCUGAAGAAACCUUAAGGUGUUGUAGACAGGCUGGGCCUCAGCAGAAAGAAGACGCAUGGCCAGAGGGCAAUGGCUUUUCUUACACCUUUGAGGACCCCGCUCUUCCAAAAGGACAUGAUGGUGAUUUAACUCCUUUGGAAGGAAUCCUUGAAGAAGUGAAAGAAGCGGUUGGUCUGAAAAGCACACAGGACGAAGGUACCACUUCCAAAAUAUCAAACUCCUCUGAAGGCGAAGCCCCGAGUGAACAUGAGCCACGUUCUGUAGUUGACUGUAACGUGGAGAGGUCUGCAGAAGAAAAGGAAAACUUACCUGGAGGAUACAGUGGAAGUGUUAAAAAUAGACCAACAAGGCAUGAUGUUUUAGAUGGCUCAUGUGACAGCUUUAAGGACCUCAUCAAACCUCAUGAGGAAUUGAAGAAAAGUGGGAAAGGCAAAAAGCCAACAAGAACAUUAGUCAUGACAAGCAUGCCAUCUGAAAAGCAGAAUGUCGUCAUCCAGGUUGUGGAUAAAUUGAAAGGCUUUUCAAUUGCACCAGACGUCUGUGAGACCACGACUCACGUGCUUUCCGGGAAGCCACUUCGCACCCUGAAUGUGCUGCUGGGAAUCGCGCGUGGCUGCUGGGUUCUCUCUUAUGAUUGGGUGCUGUGGUCUUUAGAAUUGGGUCACUGGAUUUCUGAGGAGCCAUUCGAACUGUCUAAUCACUUCCCUGCAGCUCCUCACCCAAAACGUUGAAAGAAUUCCAAUGGAGAGAAUAUUUGAGAUAAUAUUGGAAGAUGCUCAAAAUACACAGGAUUAAUUUACACGAAGACUCAGUGGGAACACAAGCCAUCUUUUGUACAUGAAGAUGCACUACUGACCCGCCAUCCACAAAUGUGUUUGGACAGUUAUUUUCUCAGUAUGGGUGAUGGCUCUCCAACGAACUGCUCCUCUCCUCCUGCCUGGACACCCUUUUCUCUGUGCUCUCCUGGGUUAGAGUAAAUGGAUGCAAACACACAUUUCCGUGCCCUGCAGCAACUUGAGACUCCUGUGAGCAAAACGCACUGACGGGCAACGUGCGUGGGUGGUGAGAAGCAUCCAGCUCCCAUCUGUGGAAUAAAGCCGCCCAAACCGUAGGGAAAAGCGCUGUCGUGUAAGGCCAGGGGAUUUUCAGAAAAGAAAUGUGUUCUUUCCUCUUUGAUUUUCAUGUUCAUAAAGCUGUAGGUGCAGCUUUUUAAAAUUUGAUGAUUGCAUAACCACUGAAGUUCAUGCUUUCCUGAACUAUUUAGGAAGAAAAUCUACCCCUUGUAUUGGAUGAGAUGAUCUGUCCCUUCGACCUCUGGUUCAGUUCCCAUUCUCCCAAGUGUUUAAAGCUGCGAGUUUUUUCAUAUUUUCAUAUUUAUUUACAUAAUUUAACCCCCCUGUGUGCAUGCACUUUAAGGAAUUGUACAUCUGCCUGGGCUUUGCAGAAGCUGAAAGGGAGCAAUCUUUUUAUAACUCACAUUAGAAACACAAAUUACUUAACAGGGCUAUGUUUUGCACAUUAAUCUUUAAAGAUGCAAUAUAUUUUAAGCAUUUUAACCUUAUUUUAGAUCUGAUCAGCAGUAGAAUAUUUUCAGAUAAGAAGCAAUGCAGCAAAAGCAAAACAAUAUUCAAUACCCAGAUGAUGUGGCAAGACAGAGGAUAGUAUAACUUUUUGUCUUCCAAAUAUAACUUUUAUCUUCAUUUCUUGAUCUGAAAUUUGGUAGGAAGUGUAACAAGUAUGUAUCAACAUAUUUACUGUUUGCCAUUUCAAAUGUCGAUAGUGAAGCUGGGACCUCUAUUUAUUAUGGAAGACCAUAGAAAAUCCCAUAAACAUGUUCUACUUCUGUCUGUGGCCAGCAGUCCAGCAAAAAUGUUCUAAAACCACAUGCACUGUGUUCUGUGAUGAUUAUAGUUUGACUGUGCUGGAAAGAGAGACUGUGAACUGCAAAUGGUGAUUAUGACUUUGGGCAAAUCAUUGAACUUGUAAUUAUGUCUCCCAAGACCUCCUAACCCAAAAUAAGAGAGUAUUUUACUACAAAAUAUAUGUUACGUCAAACUGCUUUUUACAAAAUACCAGCUCUAGGGACGUUUCCAAGUCAUUUUCGGAGGAAGUUUGUCGAAUUUCUGUUUCAGGGUGUGUCGUUCGUGUAUUGGAGGGGAGAGGGUUGAGUGAGAACCGAUAGGCACAAUUUGGCCAUAAAAUGAAGUGCAAACCCACGUUUUAUGUCUAUAGGAUUCCUCAUUCUAAAGUAAUUUUUACAGAAAAUGGCACUCUAAGCAGCAAUUCAUUAAGAUAAAGACACAGAUACAGCAUUUAGAGUCACACUUGCCAUGAAAGAGCCUCCCUUAUGUCCUGACUUGAACCUAUAACAUCUGCUGAACUGUCCACAUCAGGAAGACUCAAAAUAUAUUUUGAGGCCAGUUAGGUGAUUUCAGAUUGAACCUGCUAACAUCAGAUGCUGCGGUAAGUAGUCUCCCUAGUUUUGUUCUCACAGUAGAAUUAUCAUUUCGAUUUUUAAAUGUUGCUCCAUGGAGACUGGUGUGAUGUGCUCAUGCUCUGCAGUUCCAUUUUAACAAAUAAUAUAAUGGAUCGCUGUCAAAUGAAUGCCAUCGCAGACAUCGUGUUGGGUAACAGAAGCCACACCCUAGCAGUGCUUACUGCAUGAUCCAUUUCCGUGAAGCUCAAGAAUGAACCAAAUUUACUAAAGGUGGUAGAAGUCAGAAUAAUGUCUUCCGGGUGGGAGGAGUUUGAGGCUGUGAACUGAGCGGUGGCACAAGGGAGCCUUCUGGAGCGCCGAAAAUGUUUCCUAGAUCUUGACCUUGGUGCUAGUUACAUGAGUGAAUUCAUAUUUUAAAAGUUAUCAAGCUGUAAAUUUCAGGUUAGUAUACUUUAUCCAUUUCCUGUGUUUUAUAUCUCAAAAAUUCUCUUAAAAACUAAAAGAUGUUUAAAAAUGAAAUGUUUGACAAGUUUUGUUGUGACGCUAUGACCCUAGUUACUAUGGGUGGUUUUAUUUGUCUCUGCAGUUUUCAUCUGGGAGUACCUAAAUAAUGCCUAACGAAAUGAACUUUGGAAAAGUAAUUUUAAAGUAACUGUCUACAGAGAACUGUGGAUUAAACCAUUCUGGCCAUCUGAUGAGGGUUAAAAGUAUUCAGUUAGGUAUAUUAGUAAUUUGACAUUCCAAAACACGAUUCUUUCCGGAUCAAGCAUAAAAGGCAUUUGCUCUUGGAAGACCAAGAAAGAAUUCAUGCAGUUCCCAUUAGUCUAAAAAUAAAUAAUAAAUAAAUAAAUGUCUGAGUCAUGUAUUAGAUUUUGUUGGAGUUCAUUGGCUUCAAGUAUAGGAAGAAAAUGAUUUGUGCUAUGAAUAGUAGUUCUACCCAUUGCCCAUUGGACUAAAUACAAGAUUACUCUCAGAAAAGUGAAAUUGACUGAAUUAAGUUCUGCUUUGAACUACUCCAAUGCAAGUGUUUCUGACUUUUGAGCCAUAGUAUAGAAAACUGAAUAAAAUAACUUCAUUCAUGUUGAAUUGAGUUGGGGAAGGAGCGAUAUUUGUGACAUUGGAAGCCAUUGUAGAGUCUUCAUUAUAGUACAGAUUUGAGAAUCAAACACACCUGGUGUGAGUCCUAGUUCAGUUCCUUAGGAACUACUGGCUCGAUACUUUCUAACACCACAUUUCUGGUUGAUAAAACGUGUAUAUAAAUACCUACUGUGCUAUGCUAGUGUGAAAAUUAAGUGGAAUGAGUUAGCACAGUUCCCAAACUGUGUGCCAAGGCACCCUGGGGUCCUUGCAACAAACAAAUUGCAGUAAGGGAGACAGUCUGAAUAUUCAAGGGAAGCCCAGCAGUACUCAGUGUCUGUCAGCCACUGGAAGAAUUCAUAGCUCAACGCAGCUCGCAGUUUCAACAGUAUCAGCUCAUACCUCUGUAAAGCUAGGUUUUUGGUGGUUGUUCUUUGUGAAAAGCAAGUACUACAGGAAAAUUAGCGUAGAGCGUAAAAUGCAGGUGGCAGUGUCCAAUUUGAUUCCAAAGUGUGAGACGCCAGGCAGCACCUAACUGGCAAAUAUAUUCCAUUCAUACGUCACUGGGGUUACUUAAGACAGAACAUGAUCUUUUCUUAAAACUCAAUUUAUAUGUAUAUUGAUAUUUUCAAAUAGCUACUAAAUUGUCAAGACAUAAGUACUUAAAUUAUUUGGAACUAACCACUUAAUAAAAGCAACUGUUAGGUAUUUCUGUUGGCCUAGAGAUCAACAGAGAAAAAAUAGUGAAUCACUAAGGGUGCCAUGAGCUGAGAACGUUUGAGAACGUCUCGCUUAGAACCUUGCACUUGGUAGGAUAUAAACGCAACCUACCCUCUUCCUCCCCUUCCCGCAAUCCAGGUAUUGCCUUUAAUUGUAAUCUCUAUGAUUUUAUAUGUUUAUCGGAAAACUAGUAAGUCAAAAAGAACUAAUAAAUUGUGUAAGACCUUCAUUAAGAUGUAUCCUUCCGUGUUUUCCUAACUUCUGAGAUCACUAGGAAAAACAGCCAUGUUCCUUGCAAGCUGGCUGGCUGGCCCUGUCUUCUUGCAGGUGAACAGCAUUUGUAACUACCGUGUACCUCGGAACAAGUGUUCUCAGAGCAACAUGCACAUGUUCCGUGGGUACCCAUGGUUGCCUUCGGGCUAAUGCGUUUUUGGAAGUGUAGAUGGGUGCCAGUUUUACAAAACUCAUGUGGUCCAUUUCUGCUUGUAAUUUAUAGUUUGCCUCCUUGCCAUCCUCACUUGCUCUAAGAUGAACUAGUUUUAUAACAUUAGAUUAUACAGAAAAGCCAAAUUUACUUGAACACCACAGCAAUUUGGGAAGUAAACUUUCAGUGUGAUUCUCCAAAUGCUUGUGGUAAAAGUACAGGGACUUGAAUCAUUUUCCCAUCAUGAGUUUCAGUUAUGGAGACCCGCCCCCUCUUUCUAACCCUCCUGCCUUGCAUGCGUGUCUCUUGCAAUGGAAGCUAGUGGAAAAUUCCUCUCCCCUUUCACUCCGCUGCCAUGAGUUAUAAAAAGCAUGCCAUUCAGAAUUGACGUUUUCUUCUGCAUGCUUGAAUUUUUACUCAACAACCGGAAGGGAAAAAAAUUAUUUCAAGAGAUAUUUCUCUAUUUAUCAAAGGGGCACAGAGCCACAGCAGCACUUUGGACCACCGUAGAAUGGCUGACUCACUUGCCUCAUCAGUAGAUGGGCACAUGUUCCUAUCAAACAGUGAGUGCCUUUGAGUGAUGGUGUGUGACACACAGCGCAGCAGCGCCAUUUCUCAGAGCUGCAGCAACACUGGUUCACACAAGUCACUAGAGAUUCCCAUCUCCACUGACUCACUCAGUGGGAACAAAAGCUCCCAUGCCGGUGGGAAUGUGGGGCCAGGGGAGCACCGGAAGAAGGGAGCCGUGGCAGAGGUUUUCCUAUUGUUAGGUUUGUUUGUUUGUUUCAGUGAGUCAUCUUACCCCCAUUUUUUUUUUUUAACCAAAACUCACUGUGGUUACUUCUCUAGUUUGGGUUAUGACUCCUACAAGCCAGUUUAAUUGUAUCAGUGGUAGUGAAUUCUUGAAAGCUUCCCUCAGUUGUAGAAGUUUAGUUUCAAAUUGAAGUGGUCCAAGUGCCAGCUUAAGCUUUGUGGUUUAGCGUCUUUAUUGAAUCCCCCGCAGCGGAAGAACCUACAUUGGAGUUUUGGCUGCUCUUUGGGAUUCGAAUUAUGAGUAGUUGGUUCCACUAGAAUCUUGGCCCUCUCCUCAAGUGGCUUGAAGCACACUUUGACUUUAGGAGGCCAAAGUUAGAGCCUACGUGAAGGCUUUGUCCAAAAUGCUUUUCCUGUACCCCAGCAUUUUCAGGUGGUGUGUGUAGACCUGACAGUACUCUACUCGUGCCUGACUUCCCAGCUGUUGGUCCCCUGCCAGUUAGAUGCCUUUCACGGACAAGUCCAUGCUAGCCUAAGAAAUUUCCCGAAAAUGGCAGUGUUAAACUCAGAAUUGGGAUUUGGAUCCUCAUCUCAAUCAUUAUCCCUAGUGGUCACUAGCCCUCCUCUGGCCAGCUCAAGGAAAAUGCUGGGGUUUUCAUUGCAGCUUACUUGCAUAUCAGUGGUCCUAGUAAUCGCUCAAGAGGAAAGAUCAGACCAGCCAAACUUGCAAGGCAGGCUGAUGAGCCAAGGUACAGAAAGUACACCUCAUGGAUUUUUAUAAUGAUGGCCAUAAGUCAUACAAGGUGAAGCUUAAUGCAAUUUAGAAAGAUUUGAGGCUGGGCGCGGUGGCUCAAGCCUGUAAUCCCAGCACUUUGGGAGGCC